CAUCUAUGGACGAAAACUAGUUCCUCGCGCCUCCUGCCAGCCCGUCACACCACCUCCCCAUCGCCGCAAAACACAGCACAGGCCGGGGCAACUAUUUUUCUCUCAACAAGGACAACAAGGACUGUCACAAUGUCUGACAUGGAAGACGAUUUCAUGUGUGACGACGAAGAAGACUACGACCUGGAAUACUCAGAAGACAGCAAUUCAGAGCCAAAUGUCGACCUGGAGAACCAGUAUUACAACUCCAAAGCACUGAAGGAGGAUGAUCCCAAAGGAGCGCUCAGCAGUUUUCAGAAGGUGCUGGAAUUGGAAGGAGAGAAAGGUGAAUGGGGUUUCAAGGCACUGAAACAGAUGAUUAAAAUCAACUUUAAGCUGACUAAUUUCCCAGAGAUGAUGAACAGAUACAAACAGUUGCUUACGUACAUCAGAAGUGCAGUCACCAGAAACUACUCGGAGAAGUCCAUCAACUCCAUUCUGGACUAUAUCUCUACCUCCAAACAGAUGGAUUUGCUACAGGAGUUUUAUGAAACUACAUUGGAUGCGUUAAAGGAUGCAAAAAAUGACAGACUUUGGUUUAAAACCAACACAAAGCUUGGUAAGUUGUAUCUGGAAAGGGAAGAGUAUGGGAAGCUGCAAAAAAUCCUGAGGCAGUUACAUCAAUCUUGCCAGGUAACCAGUCUUUCAUCUGAUCCAUACCAUCUUUUAAAUCCGCUGUCUUCAAAUGAGAAUGUGACAGAUGAUGGAGAGGAUGACCUGAAGAAAGGCACACAAUUGUUGGAGAUCUACGCUUUGGAAAUUCAGAUGUACACAGCACAAAAAAACAACAAGAAAUUGAAAGCCUUGUAUGAGCAGUCGCUACAUAUUAAAUCUGCCAUUCCUCAUCCAUUAAUAAUGGGCGUUAUCCGAGAGUGCGGGGGAAAAAUGCAUUUGAGAGAGGGAGAGUUUGAGAAAGCUCACACGGAUUUCUUUGAGGCCUUUAAAAAUUACGAUGAGUCUGGAAGCCCGAGAAGGACAACGUGUCUGAAAUACCUGGUGCUCGCCAACAUGCUAAUGAAGUCAGGAAUAAAUCCUUUUGAUUCACAAGAGGCCAAACCAUACAAAAAUGACCCAGAGAUUCUAGCAAUGACAAACUUAGUAAGCGCCUACCAGAACAAUGACAUCACUGAAUUUGAGAAAAUCUUGAAAACAAAUCACAGUAACAUAAUGGAUGACCCCUUCAUCAGAGAGCACAUAGAGGAACUGCUGCGGAACAUUAGAACUCAAGUACUUAUCAAACUCAUCAAACCAUACACAAGAAUACACAUCCCUUUUAUUUCUAAGGAGCUGAAUAUUGAUGUUUGUGAUGUGGAAAGUCUGCUGGUCCAGUGCAUUUUGGAUAACACAAUCCACGGGCGAAUCGACCAAGUCAACCAGCUAUUAGAACUAGACUACCAGAAGAGAGGAGGGGCUCGCUACACAGCUUUAGACAAAUGGACAAAUCAGCUGAACUCUCUCAACCAAGCCAUUGUGAGCAAGCUCACAUGAUGCCAUUACAAAUCAAGAGACAAGGAAAAAUGGCAUGUUUGAAUACAUCCAUCAAGAAUGCUACUGUGCUUCAGACGAGACACCGCAAGAUUUGAAUACAGGCACUGAUUUCAAGAAGACUGAAAACCCAGCGGAUGAGUUCAAACUGUGUUGUUUCGUCCUGAUGAGAGGAAAUCACUGAGACUUGUUUUUCAUGUACCAGAUUGGCAGAUCCAUGUGCAGAUAUUUUGGUUGUCCAAUGUGUAUGAGAAAACAUACACAGUAUUUUAAUGUAUACUGUUGCCUGUUGGUAAUAAACAAAGUCCUCUCAGCACUUAAAA